AUGGAGGGCAACCCAGCUGGUCUCACGUGGGGUGUAAUGGACUUCAUUCCGGACACAAACUUCCCCACGACUCAAGCGAAAAAUAUCAUCCAAUCUCCUCUCACAGGAAUUCUAGGAAUUAUAGAACGCGGGUUCCUUCCGUACAGUAUGAAAGCCAAAGAAAUCACAUGGUGCAGUCAAUACAAAGGUCACAUACAUUCUCCCAACGCUGGGCAGGGAGCAAACGUAUCGAUGUCUGAUGCGUACAAUCUUGCUUGGAAGCUGGCGUAUGCGCUAAGCGGACAGGCCACUGGCCGGAUACUGGACACGUAUGAAGAGGAACGACGGCCUUGCAGUAUCGAGCUCAUAAAUCUCGACAAAGAGCUGCACAAGCUGAACCGUCCGGAUUCCUUGUUUGCAAACGAAUAUGUGAACUGUAUCGCAGUGUUCAUUUCGGCGCUAGACUCAUCCAAGGCCAGAACCUGUUCACAACGUGCGUAUUUGCGAUGCGUAAUUAUCGCCUUGCCUGAUAAUAUUCUCAGUGGAAUAGGACUGGAAUAUCGAUCUCGGCUGACGGUUGAGGGAUUCCAGUCUCUUGCCCCUGGUCUACCGCUGGGGCAACGGCUACCUCCUGGCGACAUUCUGCGAUGCUCCGACUGGAACCCUUGCAACCUACAUGACCUCAUUCGCUACACUCUCCCCUUCAAGGUCAUCGUUUUCCCAGGCAAUCUCCUUGAAGCAGUUGUAUCGACCCGUCUGAGCGACUUCGCCACGAGUAUAACAACAUCCCUCGACGAUACAAAACAGAGUAUAAUUGAAAUGUCAGUCAUUCUUCGUUCCUCGAAGUACGCUCUUCCGCAGGUGCCGGAUUUGCCAGACAUGCUGUCCGAUUCCAGAUUGUAUUUGGACGAUGACGAGCAUACGUCUGAACCCGAGUGGCAGGAUAGGCUACACGGGACCCUCGGUAUCUCUGAGGAAGGCGUAGCUACUUUGCUCGCUCCCGCCCUGCCCGAGAAACAGCCUCUGGAUGUGGUCCUGACAGGCUCAACUGUCACCGCGCACGGGCGGUCCCCUCCCAAAGCUAGCUUGACGACCCGCCCGGCAUGCAUUGCGUUGCAGAACGAAGACCGAGACGAAGACGCUGUGGUCAUCACCUCCUUGAACGUCAUCCCAUUUUGCUGCCACGCGGACUUGCUCACUAUGUCGCGCGCCGAGCUGGUCGUGGUGGCUGACACGCUCAACGCGAGGCUUCCCCGCAUCCUCAGUAUCGAUGUUGGUCGGUCUCGCUCGGCGGCGUACAUCCGGAAGUCGAUCGAGCUGCUCGUAGGCCUGCGCAAGGACGCUACCCAGACGCCGGAAGCAGAGAGGUCGCGAUCGGUCUUCACAGGUGUCGGCGAGGUGUCUCAUAGCGCCGGUUCUCCAAGGCUGCUGGAUAACGCAACACAGCAAGACGCAUCUACUGGAAGCGUCGCUCUGGAAGACUCUCAGGAGGGGUUUAGAGACCCCGACGUCGCAUCUCACCGCCCCCAGAAGAAGAGACGUUUUGAUGCUGAAGCAACUGUAGAGGCAAGCGACAGGCCUAUGAUCUCGCGCCCAAUCACCCGUUCCCAAUCGCACCGGGACCCGCAGCCAGAAUUUACCGGCGCGGAAGCCAAUGCUGAAAGGCAUCCAUCCAAACAUUACCGUGGCCCGUGGAAGGUCCUCUUCUCGACCUCUUGGAUACCUGCACUCACAAAGCACGGUGAUGACCUCGACGCCAAAGGGACGGAGGUCACUUGGUGUCGGUCUGGUUCAGCCACCACGCUCUCCGGACGGGGAUUCAGCUUCCGCUUCACUCACCUCCAAUCUCGCGUCGCCGAUCGUGGAGAAGGUGAAGCGUACCUUGAAGCGCAAGCUGGAUCAGACACCCCAGGAUACGACGGACCUGACGUUCGGGAUCGAGGGGCUGACGAUGCCGCCUACCGCUUCGGCUUCGGAUAUGCACAGCGGCACUGUGUAGAAGCAAUGGUUAAGAACUACACGUAUUACAUCCAUGUGUAUUGCUCCAAGGCGAACGUGAGCCAUUUUGGAGCCUCAGUCCCUGAUUUUGCCUUCAUAUGUCUAUUGAUCAGUGAGCAGCCAGAGAUAUUCCUGACUGCCCUUAACACCGGCGGCGGCCUCAUCCCCGUCGAAGAUGUUAUUGCUCUGGCUUUUGCGUACCUCUUCCGAACUGUCCUUAUGGACCGUUUUGCUGUUCGUUGGAAGAAUCUCCUCCACGAUCACAGCGUUUCUCACGUAUCACAGCCAGAGACAAACGCGCACCAGUAUCUUCUCGCUCGAUUUGUUGUUGCGCUCACUACAGUCUCGCUCUUCACCACACUCAACUGCACCAUGCACGCAUUCCUCUUCGGACUUUUGCGGUCCGUGGUGCUACCGCUGCUGUACAUGAUGCCAAUCGUCCCACAGUUCCUGCGGCCCUUCACAGCGCACUUCCUCCGGGGCUCAUGGACGAUGACCUUGUUCUUCCGGCACUGGUCGCUGCUCUGGAGGUCAUUCUUUUUGUGCCUCACGACUACGACAUGUUGGGAGAUGGCAGAAAGUCCGUUAGAUGAGCCCGUCACUGUUGCGCACACAACGGCGGAUCCAGUGUUGACCGUAGUCUCCGGCAUCACCUCUGCGGAUGGGUACUUCAAGCAUUUCGCCUACGCCGAACUGAGCCAGCUUGCGAGAGGAUACUCUCCCGCUGCUAGCGCGCGCCGAUCGGCGCUAUUUGCAGACCAGAAGUACAAUCCAAGCAUGUGGGCAUGUCUGGUGCGCGACGCGCUCCUCACGCUCGGCAAGGAUUACCAACUACUCCUCCGUCGAGGAAGCCCAGAGGCUCCUGCUCCUGCUCCUGCACCUGCGCCUCCAAAGCCGGAGCCGACCCUCCCCGCGACCCCACUAAAGCUUCUCCGUACCUCCGUCCUUAAGCCGACUCCAACGUCGCCUCUGCGCGCCGCUCUUGACACGCUCGCCUCAGACGGAGCGAUAUCCUCUGCGGCUGAUAGCGGUGUCUCGCAGAUCCCAGAGCUCUUCCGCUCCAUGGUACACGCGAGCCCAUCCGCAGAGAAGGCGAUUGAGUCGGUAAAGCGGAGUGAGGAAAGAGUCGUUGGGAUGUUCGAGGAGACGAGGACCAAAUUGCAGCAGCGAAUGGAGGCAGCGGUGCACGGGCGUGUGCCGGCGGCAGCGCUAGAGAAAAUGACGCCCGCAUUCGGAGUGGUGGAGCGGGUGAGGCAGUGGUGGACGAGGGAUCGAGUGAAUAAGCUCGUGGAGAUGUCUCUGCCGAACAGACAUCUCGAUGCAUUGGCCAUCAGCAACAGCUAUGGCGUCGUUCAGAGGGACAUUCCCAAGAUCAUCGAGGCAUUGCUGUCGUUCUUGGCUGCGGUCGAGGAGUACCAAGCUGAGAUCAGCAAGACACAUGUAACCCCCUCACCAGAAGAGCUACAGAACAUGUCUGCGAAGGAGAGGCAGGAGAAAGAGCGGCUGAUGACUGAGCUCGAACAAGCCGGCCAGAUCUUCGCCGAAGUCAACGAUGGGCUGAAGGAAGGUAUUGUGCACAUCGUACGGACCUUCGGAGACAAGCUGGCUGCAUUCAGGUUCCCGCCAAGGAUAGCGCAAAAGCUACAGGGGUAUCGUCAUGGCUGGAAACCCCUACCGCACGGAUACAUGCUUCACGAUGAUGUGGUCAUUGUUCUACGUGCACAAAUUACAGAAUGGCAAGGCUGGGGCGGGAUACGCUCGCAGAAACGGCGCCUAUGUUUGGCUUGUCAACAAGCAUUUGUAACGGAUUCGCUGCUCACUAUCUACAAUAUCAAGUCAUUUGUGCGAGAAUGUGGAGGUUUCCACGACUCGACUCCUGGAACAAACUUCUGGGAUGCGACGGUCAAGACUCGAGUGAUCACAUUCGGACCGCCCUUUAAGGAGACGGAAGGGCCGCCGACAGGAAAGUUGAGCGCAGAGCGGCAUGUUUGA